AUGAUGACAAAUGAAGUUCCAUUCGACGUAAUAAAGGAUAUUAUUCCGGAAUACAACGGGGGCAAUGAUUUUGAUCUGUGGCAGUCGCAGGCACAGCAUUUUCGAACGGCAUUACUCAUCGAUGACACAACGUUGGGCAUCGUCAUUCGUUUCACAACCAAAACACAUCUUUUUCCGCCCGGCAAACCAAAUUUUAUUUUUAACGAACGGUCUAAUGCACAUAUAAUAUUGCCGGCCAAACCAAACGAAAUUGAUUACAGCGCCACAGUGAGUAAGCCAACGUCCAUGUUUGGAGAAAAACAAUCGCUCUUCAGCAUUCGUUAUAAAUGCUUUCAAACAGUAAAAAAUGAUUUGGAAGACUACACAUCCUACAUAGCAAGAGUAAAUCGACAGUGUGAAAAAUUUCAGCCAGAUAAAUGCAGCAGUUAUAACUUGAAAUGCUUAAUAUUUGCUAGCGGCCUACAAUCUACAAAAGAUGCACUUUUUCGUAAUGAAAUUCUUAAAAUGCUGGAUGAAGAAAAACCCAGUAAACCAGUUACUUUGGAUUUGAUACAUGCGGAGAUUCAACGAACACUUCUACGUCAGCAGGACAUUAAAAUGAUCGGAAAUACUCCAUCGAUUACGCAUGCAGUUCGUACGCAGGCAAACCAGAGCCAAAAACAGUUAAAGAAAAAUAUCACGAAAACUCCACCUUCUCCAUGUUGGUUUUGCGGAGAAAUGCACUAUGCUCGUUAUUGUUUAUACGCGAGUCACAAGUGUUCACAAUGUGGAACCACUGGUCAUAAAGAAGGAUAUUGCAGCGCAAAGAAACGUGGUGCGUUCAAACGCAACAAGCAGCAAAAAGACAGUUCGCCGCAACAACAACAACAACAACAACAACAAAAGAGUGUACAAAAGCAGCAAACACACAAUACACUGAAAUCUACCGAGUCUACUGCACAAACUAGAAUAAUAACCGAUUUCUCACAACUGAGAAGACACAUCGCAAUUUUAAUAAAUGGUAUUAAAACUCAACUACAGCUGGACACCGCUUCAGACUGCACUAUAAUUUCGCAAAAAGUAUGGAAGAAUAUCAACAUGCCAACGUUGAAUGCAACUAAACAUACAGCUCGCGACGCGAAUUGCAACAAAAUCAGCUUCAAAGGCGAGGUUAUUGCUAACAUAACACAUCAAGGCGAAACAAAGAAAAUGAAGGUGUUAGUCACAUUGGUCAACAAUCUCAAUAUCGCAGGCGCAGACUUCUUUGAAGAAUUUGGUCUUUGGGAUAUACCUAUCAAUGCAUUUUGCAUGAAAGUACAACUCUCAGAGAAAGAAGCAGAACAAAUUCAAAGCAGAAUUUCCUACUGUAUUUCAUAA